AUGGUGGAAACCAAUGAAAAUUCCUUUGAGGGAUUCAUCCUCUUGGGCUUUUCAGACGAACCCCACCUUGAAGCUGCGUUCUUCGUGUUUGUACUCUUCUUCUACCUCCUGACUCUGUUGGGCAAUACGGCUAUCAUGGUGGUCUCCCGUCUGGAUCCUCAACUCCACACGCCCAUGUACUUCUUUCUCAGCCACCUUUCCUUCCUGGAUCUCUGCUUCUCCACCAGCCUGGCCCCUCAGACUCUUGUGAACCUGGGAGGGCCCCAAAAGACCAUCACCUUUGGGGGCUGUGUGGUCCAGCUCUACAUCUCACUAGCCCUAGGCUCCACAGAGUGCAUUCUGGCUUUGAUGGCUCUGGAUCGCUAUGCAGCCAUCUGCCAGCCCCUGCGCUAUGCAAUGCUCAUGCACCCCAGCCUCUGCCAGCGGCUGGCAGCCGCAUCCUGGCUGGGUGGGGUGGAUAACUCACUGGUUCACACCACGCUCACGCUGCAGAUGCCUCGGUGUGGCCACCGCCACCUGGACCACUUCAUCUGUGAGGCCCCAGCCCUCAUCAAGCUCGCCUGUGUGGACACUACCAUCAACGAACUUGUCCUCUUCACCCUUAGCAUCCUUGUGCUCCUUGUCCCUUCAGCCUUCAUCCUGGUUUCCUACGGCUUCAUCAUCCGGGCCGUGCUGAGGGUUGGCUCAUCCGAGGGUUGGAGAAAGGCCUUCAGCACCUGCUCCUCGCACCUCUUGGUCGUGAGCAUCUUCUAUGGGACCAUAAUCUUUAUGUACCUCCAGCCUGGCAGCAACUACUCUCAAGACCAAGGCAAAUUUGUCUCCCUUUUGUACACAAUGGUCACUCCAACUCUCAACCCCAUCAUCUACACCCUGAGAAACCAGGAGGUGAAGGGAGCACUGAAGAAGCUGGUUCUGGGAGGCUUUUCCUUGCAGGGAACAAAACCAGAUUGGAGUGCCCCGUGA